AUGCCAUCUCAUAACGAGGAACCUUUGGACCCUGAAGCCGAUCAGCUUACUCAAUUCCGUGAGCGAUGUGCUGAUCAUGUAUCGGACCUAAAGGCCGUCUUGGACGAGUGCAAUGACCGUGUUAACUCCAAGAACGAAACCGAGGAAACUUGUCAUCAAGAAAUGAUGGACUAUGUUCAUCACUUGGAUGAAUGUGCCAUGCCUAAGGCGUUCAAGUCUCUGAAGUAA